AUUUGGCAUCUCUGCCUUGGUUUUGGUUAAUUUUAAUUUAAUGCUGGAAAAGUUUAGGAAAAUGGCUGGUAUAGUGCAGGAUUGCUUUUCAAUCGGAAGUACUGUGGCGUGUAUAACAUGUUAUGAUCAGAAUAUAGAAGGUGAAGUUCUAGCGUUUGAUCAACAAACUAAAAUGUUGAUUUUAAAAUGUGAUUCAGCAAGCAACACCUCAAAGUUAAAUGAUGUUUACAUCGUUAAUUUAGCACUCUGCAGCGACGUCCAGGUUAAACGAGAAGUAAAUUCCAUACCGGAUCCACCUCAAUCGCUAAAUUUACAACGCCUAAGUACACGGGUUCGAAAUCAAGUGGAGAGGAAGAAACGACAAGUUUCAGCUUUGGCCGCUGGAGUUAGCCAAGAAGGACAGAAUCUUUUUUUGGCUAUAGCUCGAACUAUCAAUCAGGUUUCGUGGUCUGGACCAAACAUUGUGGUAUUUCAGGAUGUUACUAUUACCCCCCCAUACAAGGUAGAUAACGUCAACGGUUCACCUGAUUCUCGGCAGUUAACAUAUGUUAAGAAAAUAGUUGAAAAACAUCUCAACGACCAGGCGUCUGCAAAUUCAAGUAUGUCUUCGACGGUAGUAUCUGCCACUUAAUGGUACACCAGUGGAUUAGGUACGGUGUAAAAUCGAAGAUACGAAAUACUUGUUUAGAUAAAGAGCAACGUUUAUGAUAUAUAACUUAGUUCGAUACGAAAUAAUAAAAAACUGAUAUA